AAAGCUCUGUUUUCAUAAUCAUAAACAAUUCUCAUCAAUACCCAUCUUUCACCCUCUGUUCUUCUCGCGGAUGGCUGCUCAUUCCAUAAACGCUGCUACCAGAAUCAAUCAAUCGUCAUUUUCAUCUCAUUUGCUACCGAAACCAUAUACUAAUUCGAUUCCCAUGUCACUCAAGCUCGAUCAAAUCAAACCUCAACCCAGUAAGGGAUAUCCGAUUUCCUGCACAUUCACCGCUCGUCCAGUACAGGAGGACGAAAAGUACCAUGAUGACUCGAUUCUCCUCAGACCGGAUUCUUUCGGUCGCUUCGGUAAGUUUGGUGGCAAGUACGUACCCGAGACUCUAAUGUUUGCCCUAACUGAGCUCGAAGCUUCUUUCCAUUCAGUCGCAAAUAACCAAGAAUUCCAGAAUGAGCUGGCUGGUAUUUUGAAAGAUUAUGUUGGUAGGGAGAGCCCUCUUUACUUUGCUGAACGUCUAACCGAGCAUUAUAAGCGUUCCAAUGGUGAAGGGGCGCAUAUUUACCUCAAGAGAGAAGAUUUGAACCAUACUGGAGCUCACAAAAUCAACAACGCUGUUGGUCAAGCUUUGCUUGCCAAGCGUCUAGGUAAGAAACGUAUUAUUGCUGAAACUGGAGCAGGUCAGCAUGGAGUUGCAACUGCAACUGUUUGCGCUAGAUUUGGCUUGCAAUGCAUAGUUUACAUGGGUGCUCAGGAUAUGGAAAGACAAUCUCUAAAUGUCUUCAGAAUGAGACUUCUCGGAGCUGAGGUUAGAGCAGUUCAUUCUGGGACAGCAACGUUGAAAGAUGCUACAUCAGAAGCUAUUCGAGAUUGGGUAACUAACGUGGAAUCGACCCACUAUAUUUUGGGAUCUGUUGCUGGACCACAUCCAUACCCAUUGAUGGUUAGAGAGUUUCACGCGGUAAUUGGGAAGGAAACAAGGAAACAAGCCUUGGAAAAAUGGGGUGGAAAGCCGGAUAUUCUUGUUGCUUGUGUUGGGGGCGGUUCAAAUGCGAUGGGAUUGUUUCACGAAUUUGUUGAUGACGAAGAUGUUAGGCUGAUUGGUGUUGAAGCUGCUGGUUUUGGUCUGGACAGUGGUAAGCAUGCGGCUACUCUUACUAAAGGGGAGGUCGGAGUUUUGCAUGGAGCAAUGAGUUAUUUGUUGCAGGAUGAAGAUGGACAAAUUAUCGAGCCUCAUUCCAUUAGUGCUGGGCUGGAUUAUCCUGGAGUUGGACCAGAGCAUAGUUUCUUAAAGGAUAUAGGACGUGCUCAAUACUUCAGCGUCACUGAUGAAGAGGCAUUAGAAGCUUUUAAGAGAUUGUCUCGUUUGGAGGGAAUAAUCCCGGCUCUUGAGACAUCUCACGCACUCGCUUAUCUUGACAAGCUGUGUCCGACUCUACCCGAUGGAACUAAAGUGGUUUUAAACUGCAGCGGAAGAGGAGACAAGGAUGUUCAUACAGCCAUCAAGUUCUUGCAGGUCUAGUAAUUUUUUUAUGCAAACAAACUCCAAUAAUGCUGCUAAUCCAGGCCAGCAAACUCUAUACUGUAAUUUUACUUAAUCAGGUUCUUCAUAAGAUUGAUACAUCAUGCAAUUGAAUAAAUUAGUACAAAAUGCUAAAUGGGUAUGGCUU